AUGGCCGACCUAGGGAAGAAGUACUGCGUGAACUGCUUGGCAGAUGUUACGAAUUUGCGGAUUCGCUGUGCCGAAUGCCAGGAUAUUGAGCUUUGUCCGGAGUGCUUCUCCGCGGGUGCCGAGAUCGGUAACCACAGGCGAUGGCACGGCUAUCAGCAAGUUGACGGCGGGCGCUUCUCGCUCUGGGGUCCCGAGGCAGAGGGAGGAUGGACUAGCAGGGAAGAGCAGUCGCUGCUCGAUGCCAUCGAGCAAUAUGGAUUUGGUAACUGGGAGGAUAUGGCAGCACAUGUGGGUGCAUCACGCACCCCUCAGGAGGUCAUGGACCAUUAUGUGAGCAUGUAUAUCCAUGGGAAUCUGGGUAAAGCCUGUAUCCCUGACAGUAUCCCCAACCGCGUCACAGACCACACUUGUCCCAGUGGAGGUCCUCUGUCUCCUAGUUUGACUACCCCAUUGCCCCCAUUAGACAUAUCUGUGGCAGAGCAGCAGCAGCUGGGAUAUAUGCCGCUUCGAGACGACUACGAGAUCGAAUACGACCAAGAGGCAGAGAAACUCAUCAGUGGCCUGUCUGUAAACUACGAUGAUGAAGAUAUCGAGAUCGAGAUGAAACGAGCCCAUGUGGACAUGUACGUGCGCAAGCUGCGUGAGCGCCAGCGACGCAAAAACAUUGCUCGUGAUUACAAUUUAGUGCCAGCAUUUCUGGGACGGGACAAAAAGGAUAAAGAGCGAGAACGACCAGGUGGGAUGGGAGGGGUCGGGGGCGUAGGUGGAGCUGUAGGAUUGGGUGGUGGUGCUACCAUCAUCCCGACGGGGUCGCUGGGCUCCUCUGUAGCAGCAACCCCGAAACGCAAAAUCACCAAGGAAGAGAAAGAGCAACGGACAAAACUGCGUGCCCUCUGCCAGUUCAUGCCACAACGGGAGUUUGAAGAGUUCUUCGAUAACAUGCACAAAGAGCGUAUGCUGCGGGCAAAAGUUCGGGAGCUUCAGCGUUAUCGGCGGAACGGCAUCACGAGACUCGACGAGUCAGCUGAGUACGUGGCGGCGCGUCACAAACGGGAAAAACGGAAAGAGAACAAAAGUAUUGCUGGGUCGAAGAGAGGUAGCAGCGGCGGAGGAGGAGGGGCCGGGCUCGGGGGAGGAGUUGGAGCAGGAGGUGGCCUUGGAGGAGGCGGAGGAGUCAGUGCCAUUAAAGAGGAGGGGAAGGACAGUGAAUUUUCAGCCAUCGAGAACCUGUCUGGCUUUGAGCUGCUGUCCGAUCGGGAGAAGGUGUUGUGCAACUCUAUGAACCUAAGUCCCACACGCUAUCUGACUGUCAAGACUAUCAUCAUCAAAGAUCACCUACAGAAAAGGCAAGGCAUUCCCUCAAAAAGCCGCCUACCCAGCUACCUGGACAAGGUGCUGAAAAAACGGAUUCUGAAUUUCCUGUCGGAGAGCGGCUGGAUAUCACGAGAAACCUCCUAACGACACUGUCCAAAGAUUUGGCUGUAAGAAUAAUGACUGUAAAUAUAUUUUUCUACUGUUUUAUAUUGCGUCUCAGAAAAGCCUGCGAGAACUAAGUAACUAGGUGCCACUUUACUGGUUGUGGACCUUCAGUCAGUUUAACAUGUCUGUUUGAUCUCAGAAGUCCUCAUCGAAACAUAAAUAUGGUUCUAGUACACAAUCAGUAUCUAUAGGGAACUUUCCAGCAAGUUGUUCUGUGUAAUUCAUGGGAAUAACCACACGAAAAACCCAUUGCCCCAAGUUAAUGCCUCCAUUUUGAAUGUGAUUUUGAGUGGCGUUGAAUGUUCCCUGCCAAUGGAGUAUAAAAAGAAUGUUUGAUGUUGUACGAAGCAGAUUAUUAAAAUUGGUUCUGAGUUUCUUUUUUGUAACAAGAAGAACAUUAUGUCGGAUCCUUGUUCUGCUUGCCAAACGUCUAAAGUCCCUGUGUUCUAACCUGAAUUAGCCUGUUUCAGUUGGAUGUAUUUUGUUGUGUCGGUUGUGGGAAUGUGAGUCACAUGAAGCAUGCUCCAUACUAUCUAAAUGUCUGAAGUUCAUGUAUGGUUAUUAUUAUUUUUUGGAGUUGACCUUUGUGAGGUUAUGUUACUAUCGAGCGUGUUUCAAAAGCUCAAGUUAAAUGGCACACAUCCAGGCCUGGAUCACCAACGGAGAACAUUUACCAAGAUGCUCCUGUUUCAAGAGAGUAUUAUUCUGAUUUGUUGGGUGAAGUGAGGGUUAAAGUUAAAUGCGGCAUCAAGGGUUUCCAUCUCAAGAUGUACACGAUUUAUAAGCUGAGAGACUGUAUGUUACAACUGCAUACUUUGUAUUUUAUGCCUUGACAAAAAUCUUCAUGCAAUACCAAAUCUUAGAUUACAGCUGAGAUAAACAUAUUUUUCCAUGAUUUUUAAUGUUGACUGCUUGUGUCUACCCCAAAGCUGUGGAAAAGCACUGUUCACAGAAGCCAAUGCAAGGGUAUAAUUUUUUUUACAUAGUUUUGAAAUGUUUAAUAUAUUAAGAGUCAAAUAGAAUAGAUGGGUGCAGUCUAACUUUUAGCCAUUUUUUUUAAAAAGACAUAUACGAUAUUGGAAAUAACAGUGUUUAGGCCAAGCUGGCGGUCAUCUGUUUUUAUACCCCAGACAUUGGUACAUAUAAAGUCCCAUAAACAGUCUUUCAUUGAGUAUGCUUAUUUUGUGUGCCCUGAAUGUGAGCAUGUUUACCCUGGAUGAUGUUUUUAUUUCUUUUACCUUGUAAUUAAUGUUAUAUUUUAAUAUUUAAUUGUACCACAUCAACAAUGUACAAAGGUUAAGGUUUAAUUUAGGUGUCUGCUUUAUUGUCUUCACAUUUCUAUGGUAAAAGGAACUACCCCACACAAAUUUGUUAUGAUUAAAGCCAUUAAAACAGAUAGGAUAUUGGCUGAGACCAUUUUAAAAAUGAUGAAUGUAGGUAUGAAAGACGAUUUCCUUGUAUAAGGAAAUUAUGAAGCAAACGUGGAGGGGUCUCUUCUUUUUCCAUGGUAUUCUGUCACUGCCUUUGUUUGAUUUAUAUAAAGGUGCUUAACGUGCUUAGAAAGGGUUAUUCUUCAGGUUGUGAUUAUGUUUAUAGGAUACAGGAUCACUUGUUAAAGAACCCGAACCAUUUUUCCAAGACUAGUUUAAUCAAACUCACCAACAUUGUGGGAGUGUUUUUUUGCUUUUAAAGGAAAUUGACCUGUUUAUUUAAGAUUAUUAGGGUUCAUUUUUACGCCUUAAAUAAUCAUUCAAUAUUCUAUUUCAGAGGUUAUAAUUCUUUUUCUGAAGUAAAAAACUAUUACAAAAAUAAAUAUGGGGAUAUGAGACUGAACAUGGCAUCACUAUUGCAAGUAAAGAUGAUGUGGCAUUCAAAAAGGAGAGCUUUUUUUGGUUAGUUGUGACAUGAAUGUUUUCUGGUAAAAUUGUUCAUUUUGGAAGGAUCAUAUUUGUCAAAAUGUUGAGUAUGUGCAAAUAAUUUUAUUGCAUAUGUUAUGUUAUUUCCUACUUUGUAUUAAAGUGUUGAAAUAUAA